AUGAUUAAUUCAGCUUCUGCCCACUUUGAUAUUGUUAAUGAACUGUUAUAUUUUUCCUCUUCAGUAUCAAUUAUUUAUCCUGAGCUUAAUUUUCAAUAUUAUGAUUCAAAUGUCAGUAUCAAUAGUGACACUGAUGAAGAUAAUGCUCAAGACUAUAAAUCUAAUAUAGACAAGUUUGAGAAUAUACUGAGUGGUGAUAUUUACAUCUUUGCAAAAGAAGAAGAAGAUUACAAAGCUGAAGAUAAUAAAAACUUGCUCAUAGAUAUUAAUAAAAUGUUUUUGCUUAAUACUAUUCUACCUUUAUUAAGAAGCUUUGCUAACCAAUUGAGCAGUAGAGCUUCAGAAACAGUUGAAAUGAAUAUUCAUAAAUUAAAAUUACUGGAUUGGCAACUUGAUAAAGAAUUACCAGAAUGGUCAUUGGCUGUUAUUUAUAAUGAUAACUACAAUGCAAUAAUAUCUGACUUAUUCAUCAGUUUAAACACUAACUUUGCUACAAUGACCUGCCCAUAUCUUAUGCCAAUUGAGACUAUCACUUCCAUCAUGCGAAAGGAUUUAUGCUUCUAA